AUGGUGGAUAAACCUAAGAUAAUAGAGCACGUUACUAAAUCUUUAGAUUACACAUUAUUCGAUGCACGAUGGAUCCCUUGCAGUGCACGAUUUGUAGUUCUUGGAAACUUUGCGCGUGGAACAGGAGCUUUGCAAAUAUACGAAGUUUCGAAGGGGGAACUGAAACUUUUGAAAAAUGUUAGUGUUGAGAUUUGUAUUUUGUAGACGGCAGCUGUCUUCCGAUAAAAUGAUGUUAUCAACACGUAUGAAGAAUACAGGGACUCUUCACUCGUUGCUUGUUAUAAUCUCCCGUUCAAACAGAUAUACAGUGUAUCCAGAUCACUCAAAAGUUUUAACAUAAACUAUAAUACUAAGCUGUCAAACUCACUUUGAAGAAGUAAUUCGUUUUCUUUCAUAAAUUUCUGAUACAUAAGUAUUUAAUUAAGAGUUACAAUUAAAAUUUUUUUUUCCAAGAUGUCCUCACAACAAAAAUGUUGGAUAGUUUAUACACAAUGUAAGAGAUUGUCUGAUGUAAAUUGUAAGUUUAUGCAUCACUGAGCCUCUACUAGAAUAGUUUUGAGGAUCAUACAUUAUGUUUUUUGUCACAGGAAGAGAAGAGGACAGCACUAAAAUGUGGAACAUUUGGAGCCUCAAGUUUACAACAGAGAUAUCUUGCAACAGGAGACUUUGAUGGGAAAAUGAUGAUUUGGUAUGUAGCAGACAAUUAUGUUAUAACAGAGUUACAAAUACAUAAUUCUUGGAAUCAUCAUCCUUUCUGUAUGUUUUUUACUUUAAAACCAGUAUACCUUGAUUUUCUUGAUCAAUUAUAUAUUGUUACUGUUUUCUUCAGGAAUCUUGAAAACACAGAGAGGCCAGUUUAUUCUGUGAAAGCUCACUCACAGAUUGUGAAUACUAUUGAUGGUGUGGGGGGUCUGGGAAUUGGUGAGGGAGCACCAGAGAUUGUCACCGGGAGUAGGGAUGGUGAGUCAUUAAUAACUAUCAACAGAAUUAAGUUAUUGUAGACACCAACGUUUAAGUGACACCUUUUUCCCCAAAACUAAUUUGUAACAAAUCAAAGUUAAGGCCUAUCUGCAAAUACAAUUGGAAAAUGUGCUACAAAUUUCUAUAAAUUGAAAUAUCAUCACAAAUUUAUUAGUCUGUGAGCAAACUAGCAAGAACUUCAUAAAAAUACACAGGGAUAGAAAUUAAUCAAAUUUAUUGGCUCCUAAAGGUGCCAUGUUGUUUUUCAUGAGAAUAGGUUUAUAUAUCUUGCUGUUGAGUGACAUUAAACCUUCCUUAUUAAGAGACCUUUUAACCAAUUUAAGAUUGCCUUGGUUUCCUUGAUCAGCUAAACAUUACUUGAUAGGAACCUUGCCAUGUACUGCCAUGAAAAUUACUUGUAAUGCUUUGAAAGCUACUUGUGUCCAGAACCCCUUCCCCUGGGAAGACUUUCUUUCAACUUACAGUUGUGGUAACAAAGUGGCAAGAUUAAUCAGGAAGUUAAAGGAGUAAAUGACCAGCUGUUUCAAUUUCCUCUUUUUACAAAGAUAGCCCAUUUUCUCUUUUUGAAGAGACCUUUGAAGGCAUGACAGACAAUGUACAUGUAGGUUGUAUAGUUUGAAGGAUUUGAAGUUAUAAUGUUUCAAAUUAGUUUGAUUUGUAUUUUCAAUUUUUAAGUGCUAUUAAUGGUAAUGUGCCUAGAACAAAGGAAAAGCCAAAUUUUUGGGUUGAAAACUUUAGGUCUGACUUUGUGGCUUUGGUGCUGUUAAUUUGUGUUUUGGCAGGAUCUGUAAAAGUUUGGGAUCCUCGCCAGAAGGACAAACCUGUGGCCAACAUGGCACCAGCUGAAGGUGAAGAGGGACGUGACUGUUGGUGUGUGGCAUUCGGUAAGACUUUUUUAAAGCCUGUGAACUCUUAUGAUCUGUUCUUGUAAUACUCCCCUUUAACUGCCUGUAAAUUUAAGUAAAAAUAAUUUCAUUGAUAAGUCUUAUUAACUCAUCAUCUCUUUAGUGUCUUGAGCAUUGCUGCAGUUUAUAGAAUUCACAUAAUUUAUCAAUCUACUUUUCUUUCAAAAAUAAAUAAAGGAGGUAAGUUUCUAACUAAGGAAAGUGUGGUAUUGUAUUUGUAUAGAUUGUUUAUAUCAGCUAUAUAUUUAAACAAAUUGCUAAAUCAAUAGGUAUUAUAUUCAGGUCUUGCUUUUUCCUAUCCUCUACAACCAAACUCACUUUGUACUACACCUUAAUUUAUCCUUAUAUCGUCCAUUGUAACUGCACCUGGUCAUCCACAUACGUAUCUAACUUAAAUAGAAUUUAUUACUUGCAAAAGCAAGCUCUGCGGGCUAUCACCAACUCAGACUAUCAAGCCCAUUCUGCUCCUUUAUUCUCCAAACUAGGAAUUUAAGAUAUUUUCCAAGUACCGGUAAAUAUAUUUGAAAUCGCCAAAUUCAUGUUUUAUUAUAGAAAUAACCUAUUGCCUCCAUUGCUUCUCAAUCUUUUUGUAACAAAUAGCCAAAUUCACAACUAUGGUACCAGAACAGCCAAUAAUUAAAAAAAAUAAUGAUCCUAAAAGAUAAUAAUAAUCCUAAAAUUUGGAACUCUCUUCCAGUUUCAGUCACUCGUUCAUCAAACCUUCUUUGUUUUAAGACAAAAAUGCAAGAGUUUUUACUUAAAUAAUCACUGAAUUGGCCUAGCCUUGCAGCACUUUUCCUUUACUUUAUUUAUUAAUGUAAGUGAGGUGGCUCUUCCAUAAGCCCAGUGGCUUCCUGGGUCUCCUCGCCUUCCAGCUAUAACUGCUGUAAAUAAAUUUUUUGUAUUGAGUAAAUAAGGCAAGUAAAAGAUGAUGAUGAUGAAUAUCAACCAGAUAAGUGAUGAGAAUGGAGAAAAAUAUCAAUUAGGGGAUAAUUAGUUGAUCCAAUACUAAAUUCUCUGGACAAAUAUUAAAAGAAUUGUAUGGUUGACAGUAAGGAGAAUCACAAACUUGGUCUGGGAGUUAAAGGGUUAAUAGAAACUGUGGUGCUGCAUUGGUGCAGUGUAUAACAAGAUAAUUUGGUUUAAUCCUCUGAGUUGAUAAUGUAAAGUAACCACCACUGAUGUUUUGAGCUGGAAAGGCUAACACUUGAAACAUUUGCUUUUAAUAACUUUUAACAGUGGCUAAAAUCAUGUUAUUUUACUUUUCUUUCAUUUUUGUUUUAGGUUGGAAUUAGAGCUUUAAGUUUAGUUGCUACACAGUCAUAUCCAUUGAAUAUCUAGUGUUUCCUAUGGUUCCAGUUCAUUUAUUGACCAAAGGUGUAUUUAAUUUUCACCUAUUACAGGAGAUGCUUACAAUACAGAAGAACGUUCAGUUGUAGCAGGCUACGACAAUGGUGAUAUAAAGAUGUUUGAUCUUAAAAAGAUGACUGUCCGAUGGGAAACAAAUGUUAAAAAUGGGGUGAAUAACACAUGUCAAUCACUUUAUUUUUUGGAUUUUCACCAUGGUUAAGUAAGGUCACUUGGAAUAGAUAAAAGUGAUCCUUUUUAAAAAUUAUAAACUAAUGUUAUUAUUUAUUUAUUAAUGGUUUUAAAAUAUGAUUAUAAAAAUAUGAUCUUAAUUUAAAGUAUUAUUCCAAAUUGAAAAGUAUGUGUAAAGAGUUACAACUUAGCGUUAUUUAAGAUUCUAAAAGAAACCUAACUGUUCGGUAGUUGUCUUCAAAUGUGCUCUUACAUUGCCUGAGGAUGCUGUCUUGUUUGAUUUACUCCCUUCCAAAUGGUGAGAAUCACAUGAACUGCUGCUGCUUGGGAUAUCACAAUGAACCAUAAUGAUUCGAGUCUAAAAUGGCUUCUUCUAGAGCUCCUACAUUGAAAGGUUUCAAAAAGCUUACCAAGAGAUAGAAGAAAGAGGAGAAGCCAGGCUGCUAAGCAAGAUUUAGAACGUUGGUGGUUGUUGUUGGAUUUUAGCCUUGAGAAAAACUGUGAACAUCAUUGAAAUUCAAUGUUGAAGCAAUGUUUUACUUGUAUCUAAGUUUUGUAGUCAAAUUGCUAUUUAUUUUAACCUCACAAUUUUCUUGUGUGGCAGGUUUGUGGAAUUGAAUUUGAUAGAAAAGAUAUCAUGAUGAACAAGCUAGUGGCUACCACAUUAGAAUCAAAAUUUCACGUGUUUGAUGUAAGAACACAACAUCCUGAGAAAGGAUUUGCUUCUCUCUCUGAGAAGGUAUUUUGCUUUGAUGCAAAUAUUUAUUCUGUGAUAUUUGAUUGAAACUUAAAUAUGCAUUUAUAUCUGUUAAACCUUUGACUCCAAAGAGUGACCAGCAUCUAAUUUCUCCUUACAAUACCACCCCUGAAUCACACAUUAAGGUCACAAGAAGAAAGGGAAUGAUCACCAACUAUAGAAGCUCUUUUUUUGUAUAACAAAUUCUCCCUGCCAGCUCCUUGGGAAAUCUAUAGAGAAGGGUAUGCAUACUGAUAUUAGUAAGAGUGUAAAGGGUUAAUUUAUAACACCCAGGAUUUGCAGUUAACAUGUAAUACUACUUGUGUAGUUUAUGGUCACACUGACAACUUUAAAUGUGCAGUUACACUCUUAUUUUCAAUGAAAUUUAUGACUAACCACAACUAUAAUUGCUUUUCACCAAAAUUAUUGUAUAUUUAACCUUUUUACUUUAACAAUUAUUUCUGAUUCUCUUCUUGGGCCUUUGUGUGAUUAGAGAUGGUUACCUUUGAUCUCUUUAAAUUUCUUCCUCUUCUUGGUUGUUAAUAUAACAUUUAUCUCAUACAGGCUCACAAGUCUACAGUUUGGUGUGUCAGACAUCUGCCACAAAACCGUGAAAUUUUCAUGACCUGUGGUGGGUCUGGGUCCCUUAAUCUCUGGAAAUAGUAAGUGGUAUAAUUUGUAACACUUUUUUUUCCACCAGGAGCCACUUCUAUCUCCCAUUAGUUUAGUGAGCAACCAUUCUUUGGAUUCCAAUAUAUUAGGAAAACAAUGUCUUACAAAGUACAUGUCAAAUAAAUUACUCUCCUUAUAUUGAGCUUAUUCCUCCAAAAAUGAAAAUUUCCUUCCAAAAAUAAUGCACACCAUCGGUAAGCACAGAAGUGUUCUCUUGUUUUCUUGAUAUAUUUACUUACAAAUCUACUUGAUAUUCCUAGCUCAUAUCCAGACCAGCGGGUGACAAAAGAUGCAAAAGACUUGGAUAUGGGUGUUAUGGGUUCUGUAUCAAUGUUGCAAAAUGCCAGUCUGUCAACUCAACCAAUCACUUCCUUUGACUGGAGUCCAGAUAAGGUCAGUUGGCAUACAUGUAAUGGUAAGGUCAAUAUUUAAAAUUAAAUGAUAUUUUUCAUUUAAUCAGAUCUACUGUAAGAGUUUCCUCACAAAUCGCAUGCUGUUGAAGCCCCCAUAAAGUGGAACUAAUUGGAAUUUCACAAUUCACUUGCUGUUGAAGCCCCAUAAAGAGGAACUAAUUGGAAUUUCCAAAGAGGAUGGGUCUGAAAGUCAGCAAUUUUCUUGAGGAGGAAGAGGGACACAAACUGAAAAAUUUUUACACUUGUAGAAUGGACAAUGGAUGAGGAAGGGGAUGGUAAUGAGGUUGUUUUCUGGGACAAAAAAUUGUUUUCUUAAACAAAACAAUUCAAACUUAAAUUAUCUAAAAUCUUUAUUUGUAUCAUUGUUAUUCCCUCUGAUAAUCUUUUGACACCAGUUUUACUGUUUUUUUCUUUAUAGGAAGGGCUUUGUGUGUGUACGGCACUUGACCAGAGUUUAAGAGUCAUUAUUGUAACAAAACUCAAGACUGUGUGA